AUGGAAGCGCUCUCUUGUUUGAUUGCUAAGGCUAGUGUGUCGGGGUGUUUUAAAGGUAUUGUUUUGCCUAAUGGGGGCCCUUUAGUUUCCCACUUAUUUUAUGCCUAUGAUGCGUUGAUUUUGGGAGAAUGGGAGGAGGAUAAUUUCAAAGCGGUCGCUAGGAUCCUUAGGGUUUUUUUUCCGUGUUCGGGACUUAAAAUUAAUUUUAACAAGUCUAAUCUUUAUGGAGUUGGAACCGAAGAUGCGGAUGUCGUUCAAAUGGCGUCGAUAGUGGGGUGUGAAAGGGGUUCUUCUCCAUUUACGUAUUUGGGAAUCCAGUUGGGAGCUAAUAUGAAUAGGGUGAGGAAUUGGGAUCCUAUUUUUGGGAUCUUCAAAAAUCGGUUGGCUUCGUGGAAAGCUCAUUCGUUGUCCAUCGUCGGUCGUGUAGUUCUUAUUAAAGCGGUUUUAGAGAGCCCCCCAAUUUAUUAUUUUUCUAUUUUUAAGGCGCCAGUUAAAGUGGUAGAUAAGUUAGAAUCCCUUAUGAAAAACUUCCUUUGGGGUGGAUCGGAAGAGGUGAGAAAAACUCACUGGGUGGCGUGGGAGAAGGUCUCGCGUUCUAAAAAAGAUGGAGAGCUCGGUUUGUGUAAACUCAAGCUAGUUAACGAGGCGCUCUUGGCUAAAUGGGUGUGGAGGUUCAAACUGGAAGAUAAUAGUUUGUGGAAAAGAGUGAUUAUGGUUUGUCAUGGUAGGAAAAGAAGGUGGUCGUUUUUGCCAUCUAAUCCGUCGGUUCCUGGAGUUUGGAAUAAUAUUAGGAAGAUGGAGGAAAAGCUGAUUGUGAAUGGUAAGAGAAUUCACAGUUUAGUUAAAGGAGUGGUGGGAAAUGGAAAUAAUAUUAGAUUCUGA